AUGACUAUCGGAUUUAAGAAAUCCAGCUGCGUGAAGGAGAUCGAGAAACUGCAGGAGAAACGAGAGAAGAGACGGCUUCAGCAGCAAGAGCUCCGAUGGAAGAGGGCACAAGAGGUGGUCGUCAACUCGCCAAACCAUGAAAUCCUGUGUAUGAUCCGAGACUUCAGAGCCAGUCUGGACUACAGGCCUCUGACCGAUCAUGACCCGGUGCAGAUCGAUGAGCACCGGAUCUGUGUGUGCGUACGCACACGGCCACUAAAUAAAAAAGAGCUGGCCAUGAAGGAUCUGGACGUGACCACCGUGCCCAGUAAGGACGUGGUGAUGGUCCACGAGCCCAAGCAGAAAGUGGACCUGACCCGGUACCUGGAGAACCAGACGUUCCGAUUCGACUACGCCUUCGACGAGAACUCCACCAACGAAAUGAUUUACAGCUGAUUCUCCAUCGUCUCUGCCGCUGUCUUCCUCAUUACCGCCGAGAGAGACGCCUCGCGAGCGUUUUUCGCCAUUUCCGUUUUGACGCUGGCGCA